AUGUCUUUCCUCGGCGGCUCCUCCCCUUCAUCCUCCAGCUCCAGCGAUGUCAAGGCCAACCUUGUUCAGCAGCUCCAGCAGGAGUCUGCCAUGGCCAACGCCCGCAUGUUGAUCAACAAAGUGAACGAGAACUGUUUCCAAGCCUGUGUCCCUGCCCCCGGCUCCUCCAUGUCUGCCCAGGAGAACACCUGCCUGUCCAGCUGCAUGGACAAGUACAUUUCCAUGUGGAACAUCACCAGCCGCACCUACAUCAACCGUAUUGGUGUUGAGAGCAAGCGUAUGGGAGGUGACGCGAACGUCGUUGCGUCGCUGGGUUCCGGGCUUUAA